GGCCCAGGGCAGGACUAGAGAGCUGUAACGUCACUGAAUGGGCGGUUAUAUGCAAGCAUUCCAUAAAAUAAGUUAAGUAAACGACGGAGACUGUUUAGUAGUCUUGACGUAAUUAUUUCUGAGACUGAAGCAAGUUUUCCAACAGCGCAAUGAUUGAUUUUUAAACGGAAGCUACCACAGUAUGGUUAGGCGUUGUACAUUCUCGGGCAAACAGUCAGAUGGAUAACUUUUAUAUGUUUAGAUGAUCGCUGCUUGACAAAUCUUUUGUCAAACAGGGAGAAAACAGCCUCAAGUGUUGAGUAUUUUGAAAGGAUGUGGAACUAAUAUUGCCUGCCUCCUGCUGUAGAAGAUCAUGUGUCCUUGCUUAUACUGGCCAUGAGGUGGUCAUGAUCAGAUGUCUUUCAGAAGAAGUGCAGGCGAGACUUCGCUCUGGGGUGGCUGUCUCUUCUGUAAGUCAAUGUGUAGAAGAGCUGGUGCUCAAUAGUAUUGAUGCUGAGGCAACAUGCAUAGCUGUAAGAGUGGAUACAGAAGCGGGCAAGGUGCAGGUGGUGGAUAAUGGUUCUGGAGUGAGCAAAGAUGAUCUAGAAAAGGUUGGCACCAGAUACUGUACAAGCAAAUGCAGAGUGGUUGAAGAUCUAGAGAAUCUGAAGUUCUAUGGAUUUCGAGGAGAGGCACUGGCAAGUAUAGCUGAUGUAGCUACUACUGUACAAAUUUCAACGAAAAGGAACAAAUCAGUUAAAACAUUUGGGAAGAUAUUUCAAAGUGGAAAGCCUUUAGAUGUGUAUGAAUCAGAGGAUUCCAGACCAAGUUCAGGAACAACCGUCACUGUCUAUAACUUAUUUUACAACCUGCCUGUGAGGAGAAAAUGUAUGGAUUGUGUCCUGGAAUAUGAAAGAAUUAGGCAAAGAAUUGAGGCCAUCUCACUGAUGCAUCCUGCUGUUUCAUUUUCCAUGAGGAAUGAUGGUUCUGGAGCCAUGGUUGUACAGCUUCCCAAGAGAAAUAAUAUUGUUUCUCGCUUUGGUCAAAUUUAUGGACUAGGAAAAUCUCAGAAGUUAAGGGAGAUUAACCAUAAACAAAGUGAAUUUGAAAUCUUUGGGUAUAUAAGUUCUGAAGGCCAUUAUAACAAAAAUAUACAGUUUCUGUAUGUAAAUAGUAGGCUGGUUUUAAAAACACGGUUGCAUAAACUUAUGGAUUUUUUACUGCGAAAACAGAGUUUGAGUUGUAGAACAAAAAACAGUCCAAGAUAUAAAUCUGAGUGCUCAAGUCCUUCACAUUCUAAAAUGAGUGCUGAACUUUAUGGAAUUUAUAUCCUUAACAUUAAAUGUCAGUAUUCUUAUUAUGAUGUGUGCAUGGAACCCACCAAGACUCUUAUUGAGUUUAGAAAUUGGGAUUCUCUCCUAUGUAGUGUUGAGACAGGGGUAAAGAAUUUCUUAACUAAAGAGAAUUUAAUUAUUGAGCCGUCAAGUGAAGACUGCAAAGAAUUCAGUGAAGAAAGUAGUUUCAGCCUUUCAUCUGCUGUGGUUCAAGUUGAGAAGUCCGAUAAAGGUAAUCUGCAAGAGUGUUUCCAGAAAGCUUGUCAAGAUAUCAUGGAGUCUCACAAAAUCAUACCACUUGCAUCAAAAGCAGUCAGUAGAAUGUUCGCUGUAAGACCAGAGUCGGCCAUAGAGACCUUGGACUGCAGUAAUAAUUGUUUCAAGGGGAUAUCAAAAGUGGUCAAAGAGGCAAACAAGUGUCUGGCUAGUGUACCACUAAGUGCUGUACAAGGAGUAGAAAUCCAGAAUGAUCUGGCAAGUGAUGAUGAAAACAAAAUGAGUAGCUCUUGUGAGUGUCUGACUCCAGAAAGAAUGUUGCAAGACCAGGGACUAAAUACCAGUGAUGCUGUGACAUCUGUGCCAAAUGAAGAGCUCUUGCUUUGUAAGAUGGGAAUAUUGAACUCCUUAGGAAAAGAGGUGCCUGGAACGAAAGAGCCUAAAGAAGAUGGAAACCAAUAUCAAAAUAAAACAGAAACUGCAUCUUCAAAAAUGCCAUAUAAAGGAAACAAAUUGUUAAUUACAAAAACUCCACAGGACAAGCAGCAUGAAAACUACUCAGAAUUAUUUAAUGCUACACAUAGUAACAUUUUAGUGGAGGGUUGUUCUGCACAGCAAACAACUGAUUGUGAUGAGCCUAGAGAUGUUCCAGAGAGUGUUAGUGUAGCCAGCAAACAUGCAGAGAAUAGUCAGGCUGUUUGUUCUUUAAACAAACAUGGGCAUUUACAAGAUAUACUGGCUUUUUGUCCUAAAACAGUGACGAAUGUGCAGAAGGCAGACAGUGUUACUGUGCCAUUUUCUGAGAGAGAGAGAUGCUUUACUCUAGCUGGAAUAAAGUUACAUUCUCCGGGUCUUGUCACUCAUGUAGCUCAGAAGAAAGAGGAAAUUAACAAGCCAUCUGCAGGCUACAGGACUGGUCCUGUAAGUGCCAGAGACAUAUUUCAAGAAAAACGUACAAAGCCCCAAACUUUAUUUAGCUCUGCAAAGGGUGCUGCAUCACAAACUUUUAGAAAUGAUUUUGUUAAAGUCUGUGGCCCUUUCAGCAGUAGCAUCAAACCAGUGAAUUUCACGGAUACAAUAUGCUCAAAGGACAAGUACAAAAGCUCAAAAAGUAAACAGCAAAAUUGUUCAGAAUCUGAAAAAACAUCACUAAGUGAAGUUUCUGGUGGCAUUCUAACAUCCAAAAAGCAGAGUGUAAGAUUGUCAUUUCAUCCAAAGAGCAAAAUUCGUAGAAAGCUGAGAAUGUUUCCUUUAUCUGAAUCAUUGGAAAGGUUUUGUAGGGAUUAUGGGAAAACUAUAAGUGUGCCAAAAUCAAACCCAUCUUGUGAGUAUGACAACAAUAAUGCAUUGUUUGAUCCUAAACAUUCUCAGGUCAGUCUCAAGAAGUUUGGCACUACAGAACAGCCAUGUUGUGAACGGGAUCUUUGGGAGGAAUGUUCCAAGGAUCAGCAGACUAUUUAUACUUCAGGCCUUGUGACUUCUGAGUGUGUACCUGUACUUAAAGAUAACUUGUUGCCUGUCUGCCCUGAGCUCCUGGGCCAAAAUGAUGAUCUGAAUAGUAUGGGUAGCAAUAUUGCAGAUAUAUCUGAGCACCCUGAUAAAUGUAAUUUGGUGGAAACAAUAGACAAUAUUGUGAAGGAUUACUCUUGUACAGUAGAGAAAGGUAGUCCUCUCUCUUUAUCCGGUUAUCUGCAGUCCCGUAAAAUGUUUUUAGUUAGUUGUAAAAUGCAGUGUUCCUUGGCUACAAAGCUAUCCAGGAUGAAGGAUGACCCGAGAUGCAGUCGGGCUAUGGAGGAGAAUAGAAAGCUAGAUGAAAGAAAAGAAGCCAGUCAUAAUCUUGGGUCAUUUGAAACUGCUAAUGGUUCAGCUAUGUGUCCAUUCCCAGGAAGAAGUACAGUUCAGGAGGAUUUUGUCACAAGCCAUUUUAGAAAAGGCAGAAAAGGUGCACCUAUCUGCAGCACUGUUGUAAAUUCCAGUGAUUGCCUUGGAGAUGAUCUAGAAGGCUCACCUCCAGUCAGUAAUGUUCCUGAGGAAUUUCCAAGCCACGACUGCAGUAGCUCACUUGUUGAACACAGUAGUGCAUGCUGUUUGACUUCAGUCUCAUCUGAGAGAGCUGAAAUUCCACCAGUGUCUGCAGACCAGUACUUUAACAGUAGUGCAGAAGAGACCAACUCUGCUGACUUACAGAACUACCAGCUGGCUAGUACAAGUAAUGACAAUAGCCCCCCAAAGAAGACUAAUGAACAAAAUUCACAAAGUGAGGGUAGCCAUGAAGCUUUAUCCUCUGUCUGGAUGGAAAUGUUUGAUACUACUUUGGGAAGGAUGGUGUACAUCAAUAAGUUAACAGGACUAAGCAGCUAUGAUGCCCCUUGCGCUGAAGAGACGCAUGUUCUUUGUGAGACAGAUACAACAACAGCGGCUGUAAAUGUCGUUUCGGAGAGUGUUGGAAUGUGCAAGUCUGACGACUCUCUUCAAGCCCUUUUCUCAGAAUGGAAAAAUCCAGUAUUUGCUCAUUGUCCAGAGGUUGCAGUCAACAUUGGUACAGGGCAGUCAGGUGGUCUGGCUGUGAAAAUCCACAACAUUCUUUACCCUUACCGUUUCACCAAGGAAAUGAUUCAUACAAUGAAGGUUCUUCAGCAGGUGGACACUAAAUUCAUUGCCUGCUUAGUCAAGACAAGGAGUGUAGCAGAUCCUGUAUCAGGUGGGAGUUCUCCACAUUGGUUGCACUCUGUUCUUCUCUGUGACCAGUUAUAA